AUGUCGUCAACCAAACACACUCGUCGUAUUAUCUCCACAACUGCAGGCGGACGUUCAAAAGCACCUUAUAGUCAAGCAGUUCAAAUUGAUCAAACGCUUUAUUUAAGCGGCGCUAUUGGACUUGAUCCAAGCACAGGAAAACUUGCCGGUGAUACUGUUCAAGAGCAAACUCGUCAGGCACUCAAAAACGUAGGAGAAGUACUUAAAGCCGCUGGCGCUUCAUACCACAACGUGGUCAAAGUCAAUGUAUUUCUUCAGGAUAUGAAUGAUUUUUCGGCUAUGAAUGAAAUCUACGCUGAAGUAUUUUCUGAACGUUAUCCAGCUCGAUCAACAGUUCAAGUGGCUGGUCUUCCAUGGAAUGCAAAGGUUGAAAUCGAAGGAAUAGCCGUCAUGGGUGAUAUUGAAGAACAAUAA